CGCAAUACAUUCUCCAAGGGCAGUUAUCUCGAUACAAUUUUGCCAAUCGAAGUGAAGGGCAAGAAGCGACCCGAGAUAGGACAACGCUUAAGAUUGAGUGCAGGUGAUAUUGCACAGGCAAAUUUGCUCUAUAAAUGUCCAAAAUGCGGUCGAACUUUUCAAGAGAACACUGGCAUUUUUGCCAGUCCCUCGUACUACACUGCCGGUGCUCUAACCAAUGAAACCGAGAAUUGUGAGUGGCGCAUUACAGCAACACAUGGUGAACGAGUGGUGCUGCGUUUAGAAAAUUUGAAUAUAUUUAAGUCAAAUAAUUGUCAAACAGAUUAUUUAGAAGUGAGGGAUGGGUACUUUUUCAAAUCUCCGCUAAUUGGUAGAUUCUGUGGAAAAGUAGCCAAUGAAAUUCUCACUUCAGAAUCAAGCAGAAUGUUAUUAACUUUUGUAAAUAAUCAUCGCUCGGAAGGGUAUCGUGGUUUCAAAGCUGAAUUUGAUGUUGUAUGUGGUGGUGAGUUAAAUGUGGAUGAAUCGGAAGGUCGUUUAGAGUCCCCAAACUAUCCACUUGAAUAUUUGCCAAACAAGGAAUGUAUUUGGAAAAUAACCGUCCCAAAAGGAUACCAAGUUGCACUGAAGUUCCAAUCAUUUGAGGUCGAAAAUCACGACAGUUGCGUUUAUGACUUUGUUGAAGUAAGAGAUGGUCCAUCUCAAGACUCACAAUUAAUUGGUGUGUUUUGUGGAUAUAAGCCGCCUCCAAAUAUGAAGUCAAGUGGCAAUACAAUGUUUGUGAAAUUUGUGUCGGAUACAUCGGUACAGAAAGCAGGAUUUUCGGCUAUAUUCAUGAAGGAGGUUGACGAAUGUGAAACUCAAAACCAUGGUUGUGAACACGAGUGCAUAAACACUCUGGGGGGUUAUGAGUGCAGUUGUCAUAUUGGUUAUGAAUUGCACAGCGACAAAAAACAUUGCGAAGAUGCCUGCGGUGGUGUGAUUGAAUAUCCAAACGGUACUAUUACUUCACCAUCAUUUCCAGCACUUUAUCCUAUACUAAAGGAAUGUAUAUGGGAAAUUAUUGCACCGCCAAAACAUAAAAUCUCUCUCAAUUUCACACAUUUUGAAUUAGAAGGCACCACACAUCAGCACACAGAUUGUGGUUAUGAUUCAGUCACAAUUUAUUCGAAACUCAGCGAAAAUCGCCUUAAACGUAUUGGCACCUAUUGUGGAAACGCCAUUCCACCCACAGCCACUUCAGAGGGCAAUGCUUUACGUGUAGAAUUUCAUUCCGAUAAAUCAGUGCAACGUAGCGGGUUUGCUGCGGUUUUUUUUACCGACAUAGAUGAGUGUUCCCUUAAUAACGGUGGUUGUCAGCAUGAAUGUCUCAAUACAAUUGGAUCCUAUAUGUGUUCAUGCCAUAAUGGCUAUUCACUGCACGAGAAUGGACAUGAUUGUAAGGAGGGCGAAUGUAAACAUGAAAUUUCCGCACCAUUCGGUACUAUCUAUAGUCCCAAUUUUCCGGAUUUGUAUCCACCAAAUGCUGAUUGUGUUUGGCAUUUCUUGACAACUCCAGGACAUCGCAUCAAAUUAAUUUUCAACGAAUUCAAUGUGGAAUCGCAUCAGGAAUGCGCUUACGAUAAUGUGGCAAUAUACGAUGGCGAGUCUGAAAGCAGUUCGCUUUUGGGACGUUUCUGUGGAGACAAAAUACCAUAUCCGAUAUCAUCAUCCACAAACCAAUUGUACAUGGUAUUGAAGACAGAUAAAAAUAAGCAACUCAAUGGUUUCACAGCAAUGCACUCUACUUCAUGUGGCGGAUACUUACGUGCAACAAAUCAAAUUAAACAAUUUUAUUCGCACUCGCGUUUCGGCAAUCACAACUACAAUGAAAACAUGGACUGUGAGUGGACAAUACAAGCACCACCGAGCAGCAAUGUACAGUUGUUGUUCCUAACGUUCGAUAUUGAAAGCAGUGAAAAUUGCACUUACGAUUACGUGCAAGUUUAUUCUGGAAUGGAGGAUACAAGUGGUCCCAUGUAUGGACAAUACUGUGGAAACACGCUUCCUCAGGAUAUAAUAUCCUUAACUGACUCUUUGUUGGUGCGUUUCAAGACGGAUAAUUCUGUUACAUUAAAAGGGUUCUCGGCAUCCUAUGUAGCUGUCGAUCCUUUUGAUAACAGUGAAGAGGAUAUUAACUCAUCCAGCUUUGAGAUGGUGACUCCAUUUCCAGGCUCACUCAAAAGUAUCUAUAAAGUAGAUGAAACACAAGAGUCAUACGAGUACAGUGAUUUCAUGGAAAAUCAAUUGAUUGACAGAAGACUAAGAACCAGAUAUUAAUUUAAAUUGCAAUUUUAUAUUGAAUGAAAAUUGUUUCGUAUGAGCAUUCUGUGUGAGUAAGUAAAAAGUGAGUGUGCAUACAGAAAAAUGGAAUAAAAUAUAUCCUAAUGACAAUAGAUAUAAUCAUUGAAGAAUUUAUAUUUUAUUUAAAGCAUAUCAGGAAGAAAAUCAUCACUUAAUAAAAUUCUGAGUUACUUAGAUAAUUCAAAGUAGUUCGUCGAUAUCAUAAGUAUUGUAUUUACAUAAAGACAUUGAAAUUUUAUGUAACGUGCAAUUAAUUUUU